AUGACCGAUCUGAAAACAUCAGCAUCCGAAGAAAAUACUUUGUCUGCUAAAGGUUAUAAACUAACGAAAUUCGUUGGCGAAGGUGCUUACGCAAAGGUAUAUUUAACAGAAUACGCCGCAAAGGAAGGCACCAAUAAAGUUACACUCGCGUGUAAAAUCAUUGAAACCUCAAAAGCCCCAAAGGAUUUUGUUGUAAAGUUUUUACCCCGUGAAAUAGACGUUUUGAUACGAUUAAACCAUCCUCACCUGAUACACGUGCACAGCAUAUUUCAGCGGAAAACUAAAUACUAUAUUUUUAUGAGAUACACUGAAAACGGUGAUCUCUUGGGUUAUAUUUUGAAAAAUGGUUGCGUUUCUGAAAAUCAGUCGAGAGUUUGGUUCCGCCAAUUAGCUUUGGCUCUCCAGUACCUUCACGAGUUAGAAAUAACACACCGAGAUAUUAAGUGCGAAAACGUAUUACUGACAGCAAAUUUUAACGUAAAGCUUUCCGAUUUCGGGUUCUCGAGGUCUUGCGUUGACGAGGAAGAUCAGCCCGUAUUGAGUGAGACCUAUUGUGGGUCUAUGUCAUACGCGGCUCCGGAGAUCUUGAGAGGCAAGCCGUAUUUGCCGAAGCAAACUGAUCUUUGGUCGUUGGGAGUUGUACUAUUUGUAAUGUUAAAUAAAUCUAUGCCCUUUGAUGAUACACGAAUGAGAAAAUUAUAUGAACAGCAGAUGGGAAAAAAGUAUAGAUUUAGAUCACGUGUAGCAAGUGCUAUAUCUUUAGAGUGCAAAUCUGUGGUGAAGCAUUUAUUGGAGCCGGAUCCUGGCUUACGCCACUCGGCGGCACAAGUCCUCAAUUCCGAAUGGAUUGCUAUGGACAGUAGACUUACAACUCUUAACACAGUUGAAGCAGCGGCAUUACAAAAAGCGCGCGAAGAGCGCCGUCGGUUAUCAGAUUCGCAUCGCAACCCGCCAAAACGGCAAGGUGACAUAUUAAGCAGAGAAACGAGAGAUUCCUAUAGAGUGGGUAUACUUGUUUCUCACAGUAUAUUUUAA